AUGCUUACUUGUCUCAUUCGACUACUCACCAGUGAUUCUGGUAUUCUCUUGGUGGGCUCUUUCCUCGGUGGAAAAUCACCUUUGUGUGCUUUCACCUCAGGAGGGCUUUCGCCUCGGUGGGCUUUCACCUUGGUGGGCUUUCGCCUUAGUGGGCUCUCUCCUUGGUUGGCUUUUUCCUUGGUGGGUAUUUGCUUUUAUAGGAUUUUGCCUCGAUCUUUGUGUUCUCUUACCUUGGUUGGUUUUCUCCAUGGUGGGAUCUUGCCUCGAUUGGCUUUCGCCUUGGUCGGCUAUAACCCUGAAGAGUUUUUAUUCCUUGGUGGAUUUCGUCUUGUUGGGCUCUCACCUCAAUUGGCUUUUGCCUUGGUGGGCAUUUUCCUUUAUGGGCUUUUGCCUCAGUCUUUGUGGGCUCUUGCCUUGGUUUCUUUCUCCUUGGUCGACUAUAGCCUUGAAAGGUUUUUGCUUUCGUCUAUAGCCCUAGAGGGCUUUUUCCCUUUGGUGGGCGCUAACCUCGGAGGGUCUUCACCUUGA